GAUAGCUGCUUCGUGACAGAAUAAAAACUGGAUGUUAAGUUUUGCAUUGGGAAGUGAUUGAUGUGUGCUUGUGCAGCUUGUAGCACUAUGAGAAACACAGGUUGCAGCUGCUGAUGAUGUUUGCUAGAAGUAGAUUGAAAAAGCAAGAAAAUGAAAUUGCACUUCUGCACAGAAAACCUGUUGUAAAACUGUGGGGCAGAAAGCAAUUCCGGAAACAAAAACUCCAUUUGUUUCUGCGGGACAAAAUGAAGAGGCUUCUUCAAGGUCAGGUAGAUGAGAAUCCAAACCAUGCUCAUCACUGCCAGCUCUCCCCGGUGGAGAUUGAAACAGACAUGUUUGUUUGUGGAAUAAAGAGGAGCUCCAUGAGCACUGAAUUUUGCACUGCUGGAGGGGACUUUCAUCAGGAUGGAGGACAUGAUUCCAAGGGAGUGAGCGAAGUGUGUGUUGGUGAGGUGGAACUGAACUGGGAUGGCUAUGUAAAAAUACCGUGCUCGGUUCAACAGAACAAGAAGGACUUCCAGGGAAAUUCUUCUGAUGGUAUGAUGCAGACCUAUUCUGAAAGAAAGGGCAGAGUGUCUGAAGGGCAAGACCUUUCUUCUCUGAGCAUUAGCAUGAGCUGGAGGGAGGUAGCUGAAAGGCAAGGGUGCUUUCCCCAGGAAAAGCCCACUGCUUAUAAGAGCCAUAGACGGCAAUCAAGGGAUCGCUCAGCUGAUGUGGUUGAUUACAUUGUUAAAGAGCUCCAGGGAAUAAGUCGCAUCCAGACGGAGAUUGCAGAGCUCCGGCAGCACCUCAAUUUGAUAAAAGGCUCUGUGGAUGAAGUCUCCAGCUGCGUGGACACAGUCUUGAGUGAGAUAGAAGGCCUGCAAGGUGGUUCCACUGGCAAAUCCCAGGGUACACGUGCUCGGGAGCCCAAUAGGGAGCUCCACAAGGAAGAACCCAUAUUGUAUUUUUAUGGGAUCCCAGAAAAAGAUGGUGAAAACACAGUAGAGCUUAUCUGCAGCUUCUUGUCUGAAUAUCACUGUUUCAACGGUAUCCAGUGCAGUAAGUAUAUAAAAGAUGCUUAUAGAUCAGAUAUUGGUACAGGCAAGCCGUUAACACCAAGACCAGCAGUUGUGAAACUUGUAAAUUGUGAACAGAGAGACUUUAUUUUACAGAAGUCUAUCCUUCUGCAAAGCUCAGGUGUCCGAAUUGCUACCAGUGAAGAGGAGAAGCGGCAGAAUGGCCAGAGGGGCCGCAAAACAGAUUCAGUCUCUUUGCAGUCUGGCUUCAAGAAAAAUCAUCGCAACUCAGUGAAUCCUGAUGCAGCUCAGAGAACUGAUGCAGUUGGGCACCUUCAGACGGACUCGUGCCAGGUUAAGUAUAAAAGCACAAGCAGGAAAACACAGUGUGCAGGGGAGAGACUUGAUUCUGUGCAGAAGUCAGCCUUGACUAAGAAAAGCAACUUGAUACCUGAAGCUGGGAAGGAAGCACAAACAAUAAGCUGUACUGAGCAGCCUUCAGAUGAGAGUGACAUUCACCAGGCCCUUCAUGAACCUCUGCAGAAUUCACAGGUAACCAAUUUGGCCAAAUCAGGUGAUGGAAAUGUCUGCUGCUCAUCUGAAUCUUUGGGCAGCGCAAGCCAGAUGUGUGCUUCAAGCAAUGAUAGUGAGCACAGGCUUGACACUGAAAGCGUCACUGAGAAUGGUUCUUCCCUUCUAGAUAAAGAUGAGGGGAUAACCACAGAAGAAAUUGAAACAGACUGUGAUACCCCAUGCAAACUUACUAGUGUGGAGAAAGUUGAUAUUCAAAGAGAAGACAUUUCUAGUGGAGUGACAACCAUUAGCUAUGAUCAUACAACAGAUGAAAUGGCUGAUAGUAGUGACAGCUUGAAAGAUAUGAUCCAAAUGGACCUGAAUGAUCAAGAUCCAACUGAUCAGGUCUUUAGGGAUGUCCUGGAAAAUUCCCAAUACUUCCUUGACCAUUCUCGGGAUAGCAUUGAUCUUGUAGACAUGAAGUUCUACACCAAUAAGCUUGGGAAAGCUAUUAAUCACUUCAGGUCUGCUCUGCAGGUGGUGUUUCACAAAUUGGAGACAAGUGAUUCUGAAAUCCUUUUGGAAAAUGAUAGUGGCUUACAGAUGGACGAUGACAAUAUGCUGAUGCUGACCAGUUCAGGUAUGUGUGGCAGCUCUGACAACUUUGCAGAAACCCCUCCUAGUCAAUCCUCUGAGAGCCAGCCAAACACAACUGUCCACAGUGAAGCGUCUGCUCAGAUGCAGGUUGUUCCUCCCAGUCUUUCCUCUGUUCCAUAUGAGCCUCCUGCUUCCAGUUUAAUGCCAUCAUCUGACUGUGAAAUCCCUGUGGGACAGCACUCACCUCCUGAGGAGCUUGGAGAAUAUGCGAACUCUCUACCUGAACAAGCAAAGGAGUGCAGACCCAUGAGCCUUGACAAGGUGUGCGCAGAGACUAUCUACCUGAACAAAUGCAUCAACAAUUUCAAAAAUGUGCUGAGGGAAAAGAGACAAAUGCGUAGGAGACUCUUAAAAGAAUUAGCGCAGGAAGGAAACUGGAUUUCCACUGAGGAGACAAAUUCAGAAGGAGGUAGAGGAGAGCUCCAGGGUCAAGAUGAGGCUGAUCCAUCGAAACCACCCUGGCUCAAAGGAGGGCCUGCAGGUGGUCUCUAUGGCAUUGAUAGCAUGCCUGAUCUACGCAAAAAAAAACCAAUUCCACUCGUCAGUGAUCUGUCACUGGUUCAGUCUCGGAAAGCCGGAAUUACCUCAGCAAUGGCCACUAGAACAUCUCUCAAAGAUGAAGAGCUGAAAUCUCAUGUCUAUAAGAAGACCUUGCAAGCCUUAAUUUACCCCAUCUCCUGUACAACCCCGCACAACUUUGAAGUGUGGACAGCCACAACUCCUACCUACUGCUACGAAUGUGAGGGGCUGCUGUGGGGCAUUGCACGCCAGGGAAUGCGCUGCGGUGAAUGUGGGGUCAAGUGCCAUGAGAAGUGCCAAGACUUGCUCAACGCUGACUGCUUACAGAGAGCAGCAGAGAAGAGCUCAAAGCAUGGAGCUGAAGACCGAACCCAGAAUUUCAUCAUGGCCAUGAAGGAUCGCAUGAAAAUUCGGGAGCGGAACAAGCCCGAGAUCUUUGACUUGAUCAGAGAUGUGUUCUGUGAGAGUAAAAUGACACAUGCUCAGCAGAUGAAGACAGUGAAGCAGAGCGUGCUUGAUGGCACCUCAAAAUGGUCAGCAAAGAUAACUAUCACGGUGCUGUGUGCUCAGGGUCUGCAGGCCAAAGACAAGACUGGGUCCAGCGAUCCAUAUGUAACCGUUCAAGUCGGUAAAACGAAGAAGAGGACAAAAACAAUUUUUGGGAAUCUGAACCCUGUUUGGGAAGAGAAGUUUUACUUUGAGUGCCAUAAUUCUUCUGACCGGAUCAAGGUGCGUGUAUGGGAUGAAGAUGAUGACAUCAAGUCUCGCGUCAAGCAGAGGUUGAAACGCGAGUCAGAUGAUUUCCUGGGGCAGACAAUCAUUGAAGUCCGUACUCUGAGUGGAGAAAUGGAUGUGUGGUACAACCUUGAGAAGCGAACAGAUAAGUCUGCAGUGUCUGGGGCUAUUCGCCUGCAAAUCAGCGUGGAGAUCAAAGGCGAGGAGAAGGUGGCCCCAUAUCAUAUUCAGUACACUUGCCUUCAUGAGAAUCUCUUUCACCAUCUCACAGAUGUGCAAGGGAAUGGGGUGGUGAAGAUCCCUGAUGCCAAAGGAGAUGAUGCCUGGAAGGUGUAUUUUGAUGAGACAGCUCAAGAGAUCGUAGAUGAAUUUGCAAUGCGUUACGGCAUUGAGUCGAUAUACCAGGCCAUGACGCAUUUUGCAUGUCUCUCCUCUAAAUACAUGUGCCCAGGUGUGCCAGCUGUGAUGAGCACCUUACUUGCCAAUAUCAAUGCUUAUUAUGCGCACACCACUGCCUCCACGAAUGUGUCUGCUUCGGACCGCUUUUCAGCCUCCAACUUUGGGAAAGAACGAUUUGUAAAGCUUCUGGACCAGCUUCAUAAUUCACUUCGGAUUGAUCUCUCAAUGUACAGGAAUAACUUCCCAGCCAGCAGCCGCGAACGGCUGCAGGACCUGAAGUCUACAGUGGAUUUGCUGACCAGCAUUACUUUUUUCAGGAUGAAGGUCCAAGAGCUGCAGAGUCCACCUCGAGCCAGCCAGGUAGUGAAGGACUGUGUAAAAGCUUGCCUCAACUCCACCUACGAGUACAUUUUCAACAAUUGUCAUGAGCUGUACAGUCGCGAGUACCAGACAGAUCCUAACAAAAGUCAGGACCUUCCUCCUGAGGAACAGGGCCCCAGCAUCAGGAACCUGGAUUUCUGGCCCAAGCUCAUCACUUUGAUAGUUUCCAUCAUAGAAGAGGAUAAGAAUUCUUAUACCCCAGUCCUGAAUCAGUUUCCUCAGGAGCUUGCUGUGGGGAAGAUCAGCGCGGAGGUGAUGUGGAGCCUUUUUGCCCAGGAUAUGAAAUAUGCCAUGGAAGAGCAUGAGAAACACAGACUGUGUAAAAGUGCAGACUAUAUGAAUUUACACUUCAAAGUGAAGUGGCUGUACAAUGAAUAUGUUCGUGAUCUGCCUGCCUUCAAAGGAAAAGUGCCUGAGUAUCCAGCCUGGUUUGAGCAGUUUGUGAUGCAGUGGCUGGAUGAAAAUGAAGACGUUUCCCUGGAAUUCCUGCAUGGUGCCCUGGAGAGAGAUAAAAAAGAUGGGUUCCAGCAAACAUCUGAGCAUGCUCUCUUCUCUUGCUCAGUGGUGGAUGUCUUCACCCAACUCAAUCAGAGCUUUGAGAUCAUUAAGAAGCUGGAGUGCCCAGACCCUGUCAUUGUUGCUCAUUAUAACAGGAGGUUUGCUAAGACUAUUGGGAAAGUGCUGAUGCAGUAUGCUGACAUCCUCUCCAAGAGCUUCCAGUCCUACUGUUCCAAGGAGAAACUGCCCUGCAUCCUGAUGAAUAACAUCCAACAGCUUAGGGUGCAGCUGGAGAAGAUGUUUGAAGCCAUGGGUGGUAAAGAGUUGGAUGCAGAAGCAAGUGACCAUCUCAAAGAGCUCCAGGUGAAGCUGAACAAUGUUUUGGAUGAGCUGAGUGCAGUGUUUGGUAACAGUUUUCAGAGUCGUAUUGAUGAGUGUGUCAAGCAAAUGUCUGAUAUCCUCUGUCAAGUGAAAGGGACAGGAAAUGUUGCUGCUAAUGCCAGAAACACAGUUGCACAAGAUGCAGAUAAUGUCCUGAGGCCAUUGAUGGAUUUCCUGGAUGGAAACCUGACACUGUUUGCAACUGUGUGUGAAAAGACAGUGUUGAAACGGGUGCUGAAGGAGCUCUGGAGGGUUGUAAUGAAUACCAUGGAGAAGCUGAUUGUGCUGCCUCCUCUUACAGACCAUACGGGCACACAGUUGAUUUUCAGUGCUGCUAAGGAACUGGGACACUUGUCAAAGUUGAAGGAUCAUAUGGUGAGAGAAGAAACUAGGAGUCUCACUCCAAAGCAGUGUGCGGUUUUGGAUCUGGCACUGGAUACUAUCAAACAAUAUUUCCAUGCUGGUGGGAAUGGCCUGAAGAAAACAUUCUUGGAGAAGAGUCCAGACCUGCAGUCACUCCGAUAUGCUCUCUCUCUCUACACUCAGACCACAGACACUCUCAUAAAAACCUUCGUCCAGACUCAGACAGCUCAGGGCUCCGGUGUGGAUGAUCCUGUGGGUGAAGUGUCCAUACAGAUCGACCUGUAUACCCACCCAGGAACUGGUGAACACAAGGUCACAGUGAAAGUUGUGGCAGCCAAUGACCUGAAGUGGCAGACAUCCGGCAUGUUCCGUCCAUUUGUUGAAAUCACCAUGAUCGGGCCCCAUCAGAGUGAUAAGAAGAGGAAGUUCACAACCAAGUCGAAGAGCAACAACUGGGCUCCCAAAUACAAUGAAACCUUUCACUUCAUACUGGGGAACGAAGACGGUCCUGAUGCCUACGAGCUCCAAGUCUGUGUGAAGGACUACUGCUUCGCUCGGGAGGACCGGGUGCUGGGGAUAGCAGUGAUGCAGCUCAGAGACAUAGUGGACAAAGGAAGCUGUGCUUGCUGGUGCCCCCUCGGGCGCAGGAUUCACAUGGAUGAGACUGGCCUUACAGUCCUGAGGAUUCUCUCUCAAAGAACCAAUGAUGAAGUUGCCAGAGAAUUUGUAAAGUUGAAAUCUGAGUCCCGCUCCACAGAGGAGGGCACCUGAGCUGGGCUGUGUAAUGUUCCCUUUUCUCUUCUGCCUUGUGCCAAUAUGUGCAAGUGUUCAACAAUUCUCUUUUAUUAAUUACAAAAGGUUUUUUCAUGUCGUCUUUGUCAGUUCCAAUAGCGCACGUGUGCUGUACGGGAAACAAAUCCAUCAAUCUGAUGUGAAUUAUUUAUUUUUUAGUAGCUGGGUAAGAAACUGUAGAGAAUGAGACAAUCUCUUCUUAUUUAAGAUGCAAAUUCUGCUUUGUGUAUAUAAAUUAUUUUAUAUUGGAGGCUGGGUAUGCUGGGUUUUGUUGAUAUGCAGCACUGUGAUUUUAUCCUCCGAAGCUGGCAGACGUUAAAAAGGUUCUACGUAAUCACACUAUGAUACAAACAACUGUGUGGAAAUGGGGAGAAGCAUGAUUUGGGGGUUUGGCAAAGCACGGUUCUCUCUCACUGAAUUCGUGUACUGCGGAGCUGCCGGGGGAUGUUCUGGCACACAUUAUACCAAUGUCCCCGUGUGAUACACAGCUCAACGUCUGCUUAAAAAAGAAGUUGCAAACUGCUCUGAAGAUGCACACCAAAUGAAUGUAUGACCAUGGAUGUGCUGCUGUGAGCAUGGGCGAGGCUAGUGGGACUAGUGCAGGGGGGCCUAAGAUCUCAUAGCCAAAAGCUGCAAAGGCAACACACCAGGAGCAGACUGCAGCUGCCCUGCCGCUGUAAUUAGAUGGUCUAAUUGUGUCUCGGAGAAUAUAAAUCCCUGCGUGCUGCUGGGAAUCCUGCAUCACCAGUGCUGUAACACUGUGGUGCUGUAAGCUGCUGAACAUCUCAAGUCACACUUUGGCUACCGUGACCGACACGGUAGGGAAGGGAACAACAUCAGAGCCAUGAUAAAUAACAUGGCUGCUAUAUACUUUUUCCACUUCAAUAUUCUUUUGUUAGUUUUUUGACGUAGGAUUGGAUAAUUGAAUACUUGCAGGCUUUCUGUAGCAUUUUGUUAUCCUGGAGUAGCUGAGACCAUUUCUCACUAUGAACCCAGAAAUGAUGGCUCACUUGGGAGAGAGCAGCGCGUCUCUCCUCUGCAAGCGCGCAGUCUGGAGUACUGGUCAAGGGGCAGCAGGUUCAUUCGGUUCUGAUCUUGAAGUUGCUGGUAGCCGUGCUGCAGUUGAUCCAUGCUGACUGUCAUUAAUCUGUGAUUUAACAAUACCACUGAAAAUAUUUUUGCACUGUCUUAAAGAAGCGUGCUGGUUUCGUUUUCUUGCAAAGCGAAACACUGUCCAGAGCAAAGUGAUUGCAGGGAGGUCAGAAUUAGUCAGACUGAAAAUUCAUCAGCAGGAAGGUCUGGAUUAGUGAUUGCACCUGAGGUAUGUUUGCUGGAGGGUUUUACUGUUUUGGGGAUUUUUUGCUAUGACUCUUGGGGAUAUUUUGCUGAAUGACUUUUAUUUUUAUUUUUUUUCUAUUUUCUCUGACACUUGUACAGCUGUAUGAUAUGACUCCUGUAUUUCAUGGGCCUGCUCGUAGUGUUAUGAGACUUCACAUCUGCUUUGUUCUUGUCCUUGGUGUAUUAUAAUAAUGCUUUUCAAAACUCCAUGCUAUUUGUCAUGAUUUUGAAUCAUUGUAUGUGCCAUUGGUACGAGAACUAUUAGUACAGUCUUUAAUAAACUCUUUUAGCAGCA